GGCGGGCGGGCCGCGCUGCUCUGGAGAGGGCAGGCGGCGGGUCGGGUGCGGUAGCUGCAGGCUGGUCCGCCGGGGCCGGUACAGGCACCACCACCACCACUACCCCCGGCACUACCACCUCCUCGGCUGCCUCCCGGGGACCGGCUGAGCGCGCGGUCUCGGCCGUUUUUAUAUAGCUACAUUUGGGGUUUUUACGUUGUUUUUUGGGGGUGUGCGGAGCUGGCGGGCUGCGGGCUGCCGCUGCCCUGAGCGCGCCGGGGGGCCGGUCGGGGCCGCCGCCACCGCCGGGGCUCGGGCCGUUAUGCGCAGAGAUGGACUCCGUGGCUGCCCGUGCGUGGGAGGAUAGUGCCCGCUCGGCUCUGAGUCCCCGGGUGCUCCUCAGCGGGGCGGGGAGGUGUGUGUAGGAGAGGCGACCGUAGCACUGGAUUUUUAUUUAUCCUCCCCCCCACCCCCUCCAAUCUGUAUAUUUUUAGAGGUGUAGAUAGAUAGGGGUUCAGGUGUGUUGGUGGGGUUUUUUGUUCCCCUUUUGCCUAGAUUGGCUUGUUUGCCGCACCCCCCCCCCUUUUUUUUUUCGUGAGGUGGGAAACUGGGGUGUCUUAAUUUUUCUUUAGCUUAGUAGUGAAAUCGCAGCAGUUUCUGCCGCCUCCAGUGCGCUCGAGUGAGGAAAAUGGAGGCUGUGAUAGAGAAGGAAUGUAGUGCGCUUGGAGGGCUCUUCCAGACCAUCAUAAGCGACAUGAAGGGAAGUUAUCCAGUGUGGGAAGAUUUUAUAAAUAAAGCUGGAAAAUUGCAGUCUCAGCUUCGGACUACAGUAGUAGCAGCUGCUGCCUUUUUGGAUGCCUUUCAGAAAGUGGCUGACAUGGCUACUAAUACACGUGUUGGAUUCCAUGGAUUGUUAUGCUGUUUGAAGCUGCCUCAUUUCAACUUGGCAAGUGCUACUAAAGGUGGUACCAGAGAGAUUGGGUCUGCUCUCACCAGGAUGUGUAUGAGGCACAGAAGUAUAGAGUCCAAACUCCGGCAGUUCUCAAGUGCUUUAAUUGACUGUCUGAUAAACCCACUUCAAGAACAGAUGGAAGAGUGGAAGAAAGUGGCCAAUCAACUGGAUAAAGACCAUGCAAAAGAAUAUAAAAAAGCCCGCCAAGAGAUAAAAAAGAAAUCGUCUGACACACUGAAGCUACAGAAGAAAGCAAAGAAAGCUGAGGCUCUGGGACGGGGUGACAUUCAGCCCCAGUUGGAUAGUGCUUUACAAGAUGUCAAUGAUAAGUACCUGCUGCUUGAAGAAACCGAGAAGCAAGCUGUCAGAAAAGCUCUGAUUGAGGAGCGUGGUCGAUUCUGUACUUUCAUCUCGAUGCUGCGGCCUGUGAUAGAAGAAGAAAUAUCAAUGCUAGGGGAAAUAACCCAUUUACAAACCAUAUCAGAUGAUCUGAAAAGUCUCACCAUGGAUCCACACAAAUUGCCGUCUUCAAGUGAACAGGUAAUUUUAGAUUUGAAAGGUUCUGAUUACAGCUGGUCUUAUCAGACUCCUCCAUCCUCUCCCAGUACUACCAUGUCCAGAAAAUCUAGUGUUUGCAGCAGUCUGAACAGCGUUAACAGUAGUGAUUCCCGGUCCAGUGGCUCGCACUCGCACUCACCUAGUUCACACUAUCGCUAUCGCAGCUCCAAUCUGCCUCAGCAGGCACCCAUGAGGCUGUCCAGUGUGUCCUCCCAUGAUUCUGGAUUCAUGUCCCAGGAUGCUUUCCAGUCCAAAUCGCCAUCCCCCAUGCCACCAGAAGCACCUAACCAGAAUUCGUCCAGCUCUGCCUCUUCAGAAGCCUCUGAAACCUGCCAGUCAGUGAGCGAGUGCAGUUCCCCCACCUCAGUCAGCUCAGGCUCCACCAUGGGGGCUUGGGCCUCCACAGAUAAGUUGUCUAAUGGGUUUUAUCACUGUAGUUUAUCAAGUGACCCAUCCGUAGCUUCAGUUGGUGCAGGUCCUUUCCCUCAUUUCCCGCCUGUCUCCCGCGCGUGGACUCGGGCUCCCUCGGCCCUCCUUCCAGACUACGUUCAUUAUUACACCAUUGGGCCAGGCAUGUUACCAUCAUCUAAGAUCCCUAGCUGGAAGGACUGGGCCAAACCAGGUCCAUAUGAUCAGCCAAUGGUGAACACAUUGCAGCGUCGCAAAGAAAAGCGCGAACCAGAUCUCAAUGGAGGAGCUCAGAGCGGACCAGCCGUGCCCCCCGAGGAGGCCCAGAGACCUCGGAGCAUGACGGUGUCAGCUGCCACAAGGCAGGGUGAGGAGAUGGAGGCCUGCGAGGAACUGGCGCUCGCUCUGUCGAGGGGGCUGCAGCUGGACACCCAGAGGAGCAGUCGGGAUUCCUUGCAGUGCUCCAGUGGCUACAGCACCCAGACAACAACUCCGUGCUGUUCAGAGGACACAAUCCCAUCUCAAGUUUCAGAUUAUGAUUAUUUCUCUGUGAGUGGUGACCAGGAGGCAGAGCAACAAGAGUUUGACAAAUCUUCCACCAUCCCAAGAAACAGCGACAUUAGCCAGUCUUAUCGCAGAAUGUUUCAAACCAAGCGUCCUGCUUCCACCGCAGGUCUGCCAACCACGCUUGGACCAGUCAUCGUCACCCCCGGCGUUGCCACCAUCAGACGGACCCCUUCCACCAAGCCUUCAGUCAGGCGCGGUACCAUAGGGGGAGGUCCCAUUCCGAUCAAGACGCCAGUGAUUCCUGUCAAAACACCAACUGUCCCUGAUAUCCCAGGGGGACUGCCCGGCACCCUCGCUGGGACAGAAGAAUGUCCUGAGCAAAGUCCCGAAUCUCCAGCAGCAGGAGAUGGUGGUCAAGGUGUCACCAGCAUGCCCUCGUCGUGGAGCGGACAAGCAUCUGUCAACCCUCCGCCGUCAAGCCAGAAACUGAGUGCUGCCGACGAGCAGAGACAAGCAGUUCCCGAGAGUGAGGGGGAGGAAAGCGACCGGGAUGGUGUCGGCACCCUCACACCCGCAGGGCAGCCAGAGCUUGACCCCGGAGAGCUGAGUCCCGGGGACGUCCCGCAAGGUGAAGAUAUGCUGAACGCCAUUCGGCGUGGUGUCAAACUGAAGAAGACGACCACGAAUGAUCGCUCAGCACCUCGUAUUUCCUAGGAGUGGAGAAGCUGCCAGAGUACUAGCCGCCGAGGAGGAACUGUGAGAAAAUAAUUUGUCUCUAUCCAUUCCAAUCUGUAAUCAAUGAAUUUUUUAAGAUACUCGGUAACAGACAGUCUGAAAGUACUCUAAAAGAGAAAUCAAGGUGAAAGAGCGUAGUAAGACAUAAUUUUCACUGGUGUUUUAAUUUGUAAAUAUCAAUGAUUUUGUUUCUGCAUUUUUUUGAUCUAAGUUACACUUUUGAUUUUUUCUGAAGGUGCCAAAUCCCAUUUACCUUUUUUAUAACUCUGUUUGUAAAGUUUUAAAUCAUAGGAGAAAAAAAAAAUGUCGAGUAGGUAACUUCAGCAAAGGGAUUUAAUGAAAAUCUGGCUUUUUUGCAAGCUUUUGUAGAGCGCCUUGUAAUAGUGAGGUUAAAAAACAGAACAAAACAAUGGGACUUAUUUUAAAGUUUAAGUCAAGCUGUAAGGCACAGAUCCUCGUUUAAGUAUUAAAAAAAAAAGUUUGAAAAGCAGGAAUAAAAAUUGACAAUAAAAGCAAUACAUAAUGCAAGGAAGAAACCUGCAGUUGAUAGAGUAUUUGGGGGGUAGUGGGGGGAGGGAGAUGCCAUCAGAAUAGCAGAUGCUGUUGCACAAAAGUAGCCUAGUAGGAUUAAUUACUAGUAGCUUCAUGGUAAAUGCAUCAGAAUAAGCCAUAUUGGAUUGCAGUGUUUUGUUUCUGUAGGGUGUUUUAAAGACUGGGGUUUUUCCACAUCUCUUUUUUGACUGCACAGCAACAACUCUCAGUCACGUGCAUGCAGCCUUAACUGUGUAGGCUUGGUUCUUCGACCUUGACUUUUUGUUCCACUCAUCCUUUCACUGAAAACAAACAAGGACGACAGGCUUAAGGCAGUUACAAAUGUGAAAACAUUUUUAAAAUGCAAGCAGGGAGUUCUUAGAUAUUAUCAAAAUGCCUUUUUCUGACUGUGCCCAGCAGGCUGGGCACCUUGGAAAGCCCAAAUAUUUUGAGAAAACACUUAAAAAUUUGACAGGUGUAACCAGCUUGUGAUCUAAUAAACUGAGAAUGUUUCUUUCCAAUACAGGGGCUUGUUUUUCUUAACUUCUUUUAAAUGGCAGUUGAUUGGCUUUUCUUAAAUACCAAAAAGAAAGGGGCGAAGGGUGGGGGGUGGGGAGAUAUGGUUUUUUUGAUAAUACUGUGAGUCUGACCACUAUAUUCUCUUUUUUUGUACUUUAAGUCAUGUUUUUUGGAACGCUAUUGAUAGAAUUAUUAAGAGUUGGAUUUUUUCCUUAAAGUAAAAGUAAGUUAUUGCUGCAAUACCCGUCUCCUAAAGCUGAUAGAAAUAUGCAGACCCAGGGCCAGGAUGCGUGUUCCCGACCAGACAGUCCAGAAGGAUGCCGUCUGCCCACCCACAGCAGACCCACGCGUGGGUGGACACCAGACCUGCGCGUCCAAGAUUGUUUAAAAUGCACCAAAUAAUACAUGCAAGGGGCUAGGUUCCACCACACGCUCUGCAGAUUUCUGUUGGCUCUAGACUUGCCUACAUAACCUCUUAUGCUUUAAUACAUAACUGCAUUGGAUGUGAAACUUCUAGUAACUGUGUAGUCACUGUGUUCUAUAUAACAUUUUACACUGCUGUGGUUGCUAACCUUUUUUUUUUUUUGUUAUGGCUUAAAAGCAAAAAGAAAAAAAAAAGGCAUGAUUCUUAGAAAAUAUUAAACCUUCCUUUCUUUGAAAAACAAGCUCCUUAUUACAGAAUAUAAUAAACAGUAGUGCCUGUGGUGUAGCCCACCAAUCUUGAUACAGUAGCUGAUGCAUUGUGCAAAUGAGGCUUUGAGAUGGUUUUUGCAUAAACAAAAACUGCUAGGAGAUAAUCUCAAUAGUUAAAAAGUGUUAUUUAAACCUUUGAAAUAAAUGGAUGUAACUGUACCCGAGUACAGCUUUUCACUUGUUUAGUUCUUAAACGUUAGUAUAAUCGGUAAAAUUUAAUAUAAAAUGUUGCCAAAUUCAAUGUAGAAAGAAUGUGACAAAACACUUUGGAUAGUUCUAUUGUUUGUGUUUUUGCAUAUUGUAAAAGCAGUGUCACAGCUAAAAAAUAAAAUGUUUCUAAUGGUAAAUUAUUGUGGUUUAGUUGCUAGUUUGUACUGAGAGUUGACCUCUCCCUGUGCAGUUUUUUGUUCUAAACUGGUAUAAAUAAUUGCUGUAAGUGUGUCUCCCUUCUACAUUGUAAUGAUUGCUUAAGCCUACAUUAUAAAUAAAGAACUGCUGGAAAACUUC